AUUAAAGGACAUAUCACUUGCAGAAAUCCCUUGAUCCUUAAUCAUGCCCCCAUUCUCCAGUUCUAUCGACGUCGCGAUCUUCCUAACCGUACACUGGAUCCCCAUCAUGCUGGUGACUUCAAUGUGGACGAGGAUGAGGAUCCUCGCCAGCGUGGUAUCCUGCGAAGCACCAAUUGUAGACGCCAUCGUGACCGUCUCAGCUCGAAUCGUCAAUCCCAUAUCCUGCAGGGAUUUUCCAUCAUUGCGGCAGUGCUGGUGAUGCUGCUGCUCCUGAUUUAUCUUGGCAUUGAAACGGACAGCGAGGCGGAAGUUCCUGAAAAGCAAAAGUCAAGCCUGUGGAUAAACAUCCUUCGACUGGUGGGGCUGGAGGAAGAGAGGGAAAAUAGUGAAAAAUCCCAGUAUUUUUCCGAGGAUGAUUCCUGUAACCAGCAAAUAGACUUGGCUCACAUUUUCCGUCUCAUAAGCAAGAGAGUCCUCAAUCAGGAGCAGGCUCUAGCUCGCAUGGAACGUGCUCUCUCAAGAGCCGGGCAGUUCCACUCGGUGGCUUUGCUAGGACCUCCAGGAGUGGGAAAAUCCCUGACGGUUAACUCGCUAAGAUAUAAUUUUCCCUGGCCUGCCAAUGCUCACUCGUACUCCUGGAACACCGUCGUCUCCGAUGAGGUGAUGAAGUUCCGUCUGGUUAGACAGUUUACUGAUGGACUCUCCAACUGCGGCAUAAAUCUGCUGAUCAUAGACAAUUUGGCCACCUGUGAUCAUGGACUGGUGCCCAUCUACAACCGAUUGAUCAAAGAGCGUGAGGGUGAGAUGGACAGGAAUCAAACGAUCCUGGUUAUCUACGUCUUCACCCUGGAAAAGGACAUGUAUUGGGAGCAGUAUGAGCUGCUGCAACAACUGGCCACAGAUACCACAAUUGUGAGUUUUCGGUUCUUUGCCAGGGAUGACCUAAUGGACUGUCUGGCCACUGAGCUUCAGGCGGAGCAGCGGUAUCUUAGCAAGGAGAAGGAGUCACUGAUUAUGGAGGGAGCGAUGAACAGUAUCGAGGACACAGGAUGCAAGGGCUUGCGACUGAUGGUUCUCCAACAUGGAAUUCCAUGCAUCCAGAAUCGUGUCAUUGGCUAACUAAAUCUUUUUGUCAUUUUUAAAUAUCGGAGUCAACAAAAAACAUUUUACUUAAAUGGAGAGAAAAUUAAAAGUCUGUAUAAGGA